UGGAGCCGGUGUAAAAGUGUAUUCAGUGUUGGGGUCGCCUGUGUAAGUGUUCGUGUUAUCAGCUGUCAAGUUGGGAAUUUUACAUUCUGAGAACACCGAAUCAAAGUAUCGAAAAUGCGUUGUUGGUUAGUUGUGGCAUUAAUUGCCUUCGUUGUCGUCUGUGACGCGAGGAGGGUGAAAAGGGAACAUAAGCAUCAUACGAAAACACACCACAACCAACACGAGAAAUCCGUGAAACACCACCUCGAAACGGACAAGAAAGCGCAUCACGUUGGCCAUGGUGGGAACACUCUUCACUUAAAGAGAGUGUCAGGCUGCAACUGUCCAGAGGGCCAGGUGUGUGUGGAGGGCUCCGCUACCAGGAAGCCGCUGUGUGUCAACAGACACUUCCUGAAACAAGGAGAGAGGCUGUUCAGGGACUUCCAGCGACACCACCCAGACAUUAAGUAUGAGGGACAGCAGGCCAAACACCAUCAGGUCCAGCCCCACAUUGAGAAACCUCAUGAUGUCCACAUCAGUGUCCAUGCCGAACAUGAGGCUGACCACCCCAGCAACAAGCAGCAUGAUGCCCAGCACUCUGUCAGUAGGCAUCAAGAAAUGCAGCUUCCUCGCAACAAGUACCCUAGCAACAAACACCAUGAGAUCAAGCAUGUCAGCAACAAACAUCACAAUGAGGUUCAUGAUAAGAGUCAUCACAUUCUGGAACAUCAUCAGAGAACUGGCAGCAUGAACCACCAUGCUCAUCACAAGAAGGUUGCAGUGUGCACCCAGGAUGACUUUAGCGACAUGCGGCAGCGUCUCACAGGAUGGUUCCGCUUGCUUCAUGCUGAGGACAAGGAGCAUCGUCGUAAUCACCAUGGCAACCAUCACAAGAAACACCACCACCUCUCUGUCAAGAAGGAGCUUAGAGAUCACCAUGACGGCAAGUGCAAGGCCCAGCCCUCUGUAAUGUGGAAGUUCCACACUCUGGAUGUGGACACCGACCACCACCUCACCAUCGCUGAACUUGCCGAGAUGGAAAACAAUGGUCGGGAGCCAUGUCUGCGACCAUUCCUCGAGUCCUGCGACACAGACAGAGAUGCCAGACUUUCUGGGCAUGAGUGGAGAUGCUGUUUUGCUGAUGCCAUUCCUCCAUGCUAUGCCAAACAAAGGAACAACCAUCUGGAGACAGAGGCGUACAUUCCCCGCUGUGACCGUGAGGGAUACUUUGAGAAGGAGCAGUGUCAUGGCCGCACCAUGGAGACCAGGACAUGCUGGUGUGUCGACCUCAAUGGAAAUGAGAUCCCGAAGACAAGAGCUCGAGUCAGGGCACAUUGUGAAAAGGUUGAUGUCCUUGGCCACAUGAAGAAGCACUAAGCAGCUUGGGGGAUAUGUACAGUUACAUCAGGAGUUAAUGUACUAUAAUGUAUUGGUGAACAUAGCACUAGUUCAGCAGAAUCUACCAUGUGUUGUAGACACUAAACAGGAACUAAAUGGAAAGUUAAUGGUCACACGCUACUUGAAGAUGUCCAUCCAAAUCAGCCAAAAUGAAGGAAUUGUGAUACACACAGCUUAACUGCUUGACACAUUCAUGUUGAAGACAGUCCGAAGUAUGAAGUCUAAUGGUGGUAGUAGCCAUCUUUGCCAGAACCUUUGAAGCUUCAUGAAAAUGUUAAAUAUUAGUGUGAAUGCUUUUAACAGUCAAUUAUUUCUUAAUUAUACUACUCAAAACAAGACAAGGAAGACAAAUUUCUGUCCUACUGUAGCUGAUCUGUCUGCAUGACCUAUAGACUAUAGUAGUAUGAAAGAAUCGGGUGUGUUUUUGAGUAGUAUGUUUUCGUAAGAAAUGUGAAUGGUUAAUCAGCUAAGAAUAUUGUCUGUCACAUUUUUGUUGUUUCCUGUUUUUGACCCAUGCAGGUUUAUUUGAUACAAAAGAUGGAACUUAAAGAAAUAUUGAUAUGUCUAUACAAGGAGACCCUUCCUGUUGUGCGUGGUCCUCUCAUUGACAGCAUUCGUUGGUAUGUCUAUGCAAUGUUUUUUUUCUAUGUACUUGCUGCUGAUUUGGUCACGUGGCAACAAUUGAUGUUUUUCACAUUUUCUUUUUUCCAAAAAUGAUCUUGUGCAACAAUUUGUCGUUGGGGACAGGUAAAAUGAAUUUUGGUUUUGUGAUAUUUCAUUUUUCAGAUCAUGUAGACUGUGAAAUUAUUUGAGAACUGUUUUCACCUGUACAUAUUGGAAUCACAAUAUACAAAUUGGAAUCAGUUGUAACACAAGCAGAAUCUUUUUGUAAUACUUCAUAGUAUGGUAGUUGCAACAUGGUGCUUACUUGUGUAGCCUGAUAUCAGUGUAUGAAAUAAGCCAAAAACCCAGCCAGGCAUCAGGGGUGGCAACUUCAAAAUGGAUUUAACCAGACCAGACAAUCCAAAGAAAAUUACUCAGAUGUAUGGAACAUGUUUUCUAAAAACUUUUACCAGACCAUCAGGCUGGCUAGCUGUAAAUGUAGACUGCCUGUCAGAAAUCUAGGGCGUCUCGGGCAGUUGGACGGGCCUUAUUUCAUGCACUGCUGAUAUAUGUAAACGUGUGUGACAGUACCACAGACUUUGGACAUCAUGCAUUGUAAAGAAUGGAAGAUAAUUGUACGUCUAUAUCUACAAAGAUAUAAGCACAACGUUGUGUGGCAGGAUAUUUUAUACAAAGCCACUGCUGCCACUUUUGGUUAUGAAGAGAAUGUUUGGAUGAAUAUGGUCACACAAUUAUGAUGGUCAUUGAGAUCGGACUGUAAUCAUGAUUAUGCUCUAUACAUGUCCGCAGCCACUCUUCCUGUUUAAGAAAAAACUACUUUCAUGUACUUUCUGUGUUAGUAUCUACUUUUGUCUUGCUUUGUGAAAUUGAUGUAUGAUUGCAAAUAACACUUGUAUAACCAAUGAGCUGUGUUGAAGGGUGGUGUACUCGUACUUAGAUAUAUAUAAUUACUUUUCUAGAUAUAAUGUACUUGUUUUAUAAAGGUGUAGAUUUGUUCUGGUUCCUGACAAGUCAAUAGCCAACCAAUUUUAGUAACCUCUUUACAAUUUGUAUUUUCAUGGUACAUUUUGAUAUUUAGUUGUUUAUAAAAUACUGCCAUAAGUUGGUAACCAUCUGGUUCCCAAUCGACAAAGCGUUCGUUGAGCUACAACAUUCAUAAGCCAAUAGUAAACAGAGUUACAACAGGUUGUGACUUUACGAAUGCUUUGUGGAUAGGGUCCGUGAUCUUUAUGUAAUUUCAAACCCAAGUAUUGGAACCUUGACAUUUCUUAGGUUGUGAGAUCACCUGAUUUCCUUCUCUGAAUAUGGUGAUAGACCAUGUCUGUACCUCUUUGUCUAUUCUGUUCUUUUGGACUUGUGUAAAAAAUUGUGUUUCUGUUUAGAUGUACUGUUGGUUGUGACAAAUAUUAGAGUGCCAGGGUAUAUGUACUUAGCUUCUUUUCAGGUGUCAAAUGUGAUGAAAUUAGGUAAUUUACCAUUUUUAGCCUUUUUAGCAAUUAUGGAUGAAAUCCAUUGUUUUUAGGAGCACUGCACAGUUUGUUUAUCUGUGUAUCUUAACUGGUUGUCAUGGGUACUGUGUAGGUUUAUCCUUUUCACUCUGAAACCAGUAUUUUAGGAUGUAUUUUUAGAAAUAUGGAAACUGUGAUUUGCAUAACAAUUAUAAUCCCAGCUACUCUAUAGAAGGUGCAGUCAGUUAUCUGAUAUGCUCGCCUUGUCAGUAGUUUACAAAUCGUGCACAUUGAGUUCUGUCAUUAUUUUUGAUGAUGUAUUGACUUUGUAAAGUGAUCAAGUUCGCUACUGCAACCUGUUCUUUCCCAGAAUCAACAAAUACUGUAUAUGACAAUAGUUUGAAGCUUAACAUACUGUACAUACAAUUGUCAUUGUUAAACAACGAAUAGUACUAGAAAGUUCAGAUUUCAGGAUAUAUGCUAAGUAAUUGUAUGAUUUGAUUUUGAAUUUAUUGGAGAUGCUUGUUACGUGUUGAAGUAACUCAAGUGCUAUGUAAAAUAUAUAUAAUUGUUACAUAAAUAUUUUGUGCAUUUCUUCAAUUCUAAAACUGUGUUACAGACCUCACACCUAUCAUUCCUGUUAAGAACUCAGAUCUUCCAACGUUUUAUUUAUCAUGUUUAUUUGCCUUCCUUUACAUUAGAAAUAAAUAAACUUUUUCUUCUAA